GUUUUCAAAGUUAAAUGAAAAAAGUGGUAAAUAUAAGGUGUUAUAUUUGUUGGAAACGGUAUGGGGUUGAUAAGACACGUCGUAUGUGCCGUGUCGGGCGGGGUGGACAGCUCUGUGGCGGCUCUACUGCUGAAGAGAAGAGGCUACAAUGUGACCGGGGUCUUCAUGAAGAACUGGGACUCUCUGGAUGAGAGUGGAGUCUGCAGCAUAGAGAGGGAUUGUGAGGACGCCUACAAAGUGUGCCAGAUCCUGGACAUCCCCUUCCACCAAGUGUCCUAUGUCAAAGAAUACUGGCACGACGUGUUCAGCAAUCUGCUAAAGGAAUACGAAAAGGGCAGGACGCCAAACCCUGAUAUACUCUGCAACAAACACAUUAAAUUCAACCAUUUCCACAAGUAUGCCAUACACACUUUGGGUGCCGACGCCAUGGCAACAGGUCACUACGCCAGGACAUCCCAGGAAGAUGAAGAGGUGUUCCUGCAGUCACACACCUCCCCACCCACCACGCUGUUCAGAAAUCGAUUCGAGAUCAGAAAUCCCGUGAAGCUGUGCAAAGGAGCCGAUCUCGUCAAAGACCAGACCUUCUUCCUCAGCCAGAUCUCGCAGGACGCCUUAAGACAAACCCUCUUCCCACUUUCCGGACUCACCAAAGACUUUGUGAAGAAGAUGGCAGCUGAGGCAGGGUUUCAUCAUGUGCUGAAGAAGAAAGAGAGCAUGGGCAUUUGCUUCAUUGGAGAGAGAAACUUUGAAAACUUCAUUUUAGAGUACCUGGAGUCCAAACCUGGGAACUUUGUGUCCAUUGAGGACCAGACUGUGAAAGGAACACAUAAAGGUUGGUUUACUCUGACCUUGGGUCAGAGGGCAAGGAUAGGGGGGCAGAGAGAUGCCUGGUUCGUGGUGGACAAAGAUAUUGCCACUGGUGAUGUGUUUGUGGCUCCAACUACCAAUCACCCGGCUCUUUUCCGUGACACGGCGCGAACCGACCGCUUCCACUGGAUCGCUGUGGACCCGCCUCCGGAGCUAGUCAGGACCCAGAUGAUGGAGUGCCAUUUUCGCUUCAUCCACCAGAUGCCGCUCAUUCCCUGCACGGUAACUCUGAACAUGGAUGGUUCGGUGUGGAUUUCUCUCUCUCAGCCAGUCAGAGCUCUGACACCCGGACAGUUUGCAGUUCUGUACAAAGGCGACGAUUGCCUGGGCAGCGGGAAGAUCAUCCAGCUGGGGCCCAGUGAAUACACGCUGAAGACGGGCCGCGAGCGGCUAGUGGCAAGCCAGCAGCAAAAAGACGAGCCGACGCCAGGUUCAGCCAGCUGAGGUCCAAGGUCCGAGACUGACCAUCUUGGAUCUGCAGCUUGUCUGAUACAUUAGGUAGCACGGCCUGUCCAAAAAGACAAGCGUGGAGAGUCAAGAGGGCGUUUUUAGUGGUUGUACACAUCCUUGAGUCUCAACAGUGUUUAUCAUAUAGGGAUAAAAGAGCUGCCGUUUGACUUUUAGGAGGAAAACGUUUUGCUUUGCUGCUAGGUGCUUUGAUUAAUCAUCUUUAUCCAAGCACAAAGAUGGAGACUUUUUAGCAAUUAGAUGGUUCUAGUGGGAGGAAGAGGCUUCUAACCAGAUAAUAAUGACUGCUGCUGAGCUGUAUGUGAAACGACACAGAUUGUGCAGUUCAUAUUUAUUCUCUUAUAGUGUCACUGUCAAGAUGUAGUUUCAAAAAUUGUAUAAGAUGUCACAUGUCAUGUAAAUGUAUGUGAAAUUUUAAAAUGUAUAAAGGUAUUUUUAUAAAAGA